GCUUUCCAUUCCCAAAUUGCCAGUUCAAUUUGUUCCCAUCCCUUCUCAUCUUCUUCUUCCCUUUCCCUAUCAUUUUUCAAUUUUCAUCGCAUUGUAGAAGAUUCAGAGCAGAAAUCCCUCUUCCUCUUUCAACCUAUCAUCCUCGACGGCCUUCUAAAUGGGGUUCGAUCGAGAAGCCAGUUCUUCAUCCAAUCGCCUCCGAUCUCCGGUCGCCAGAGAAGAUACGCCCCUUCUCGGCAGUGCCACCCCUCUGUCCUCACAACCCAAAACCUUUGCCAAUGUUUUCAUUGCCAUUGUUGGGGCUGGCGUUCUAGGCCUUCCUUACGCCUUCAAGCGCACUGGUUGGAUUAUGAGCCUUCUCAUGCUCUUCUCCGUUGCUUUCUUGACCUAUUACUGUAUGAUGCUCCUUGUCUACACUCGUCGGAAGAUCGAAUCGGUAAUCGGAUUCUCCAAGAUCAAUUCAUUUGGGGAUUUGGGUUAUACCAUUUGCGGUUCCCCUGGGAGGCUUAUUGUUGAUUUUCUUAUUAUCUUGUCUCAAACUGGGUUUUGUGUUGGCUAUUUGAUUUUCAUUGGUAAUACCAUGGCUGAUGUUUUUAAUUCUCCCACUGCUAUGGAUUUGAGUCCUAAGAUUUUGGGUUUGGCUCCUAAGGUUGCAUAUGUUUGGGGGUGUUUCCCUUUUCAAUUGGGUUUGAACUCCAUUCAGACUCUGACUCAUUUAGCUCCUUUGAGUAUUUUUGCUGAUAUUGUUGACCUUGGAGCUAUGGUGGUGGUGAUGGUAAAAGAUGUUUUGAUUAUCUUCCAGCAGAGCCCAUCUGUGGAGGCUUUUGGGGGCUUUUCUGUGUUCUUUUAUGGAAUGGGUGUGGCUGUCUAUGCCUUUGAAGGGAUUGGGAUGGUGUUGCCUUUAGAAUCUGAGACAAAGGACAAAGAGAAAUUUGGGAGGGUUUUGGGUUUGUCCAUGGCUUUCAUUACUGUCUUAUAUGGAGCAUUUGGAACUCUUGGCUAUUUUGCUUUUGGCAAAGAUACUAAAGACAUGAUCACGGGUAACUUGGGCCCUGGAUUGAUUAGCACCGUUGUUAAACUGGGUCUCUGUAUAAACUUGUUCUUCACCCUGCCAUUGAUGAUGAAUCCAGUUUAUGAGAUUGUUGAGAGGCGGUUCUGGGGAGGAAGAUACUGCCUCUGGUUGAGAUGGCUGCUGGUUUUCUUGGUCAGUUUGGUGGCACUUUUGGUCCCAAAUUUUGCUGAUUUCUUGUCUUUGGUUGGAAGUGCUGUGUGUUGUGCAUUGGCAUUUGUGUUGCCUGCUCUCUUCCAUUUCCUGAUUUUCAAGCAGGAAUUGGAUCUCAAAGGAUGGUGUUUGGACAUUGGCAUUCUGGUAUUAGGGAUUGUUCUUGGAGUUUCUGGGACCUGGUCUGCUCUGGUGGAGAUUUUCUCUGUUAAGGUAUGAAUCUUCAAAAUUAUUAACUUGAGGUUUCUUUGUGAAAAUGUGAAUAUCCAAUGUGCAUAUUUUCUCAAUUGUUAAGAAAAUUAGAAGGGUAUUCUCCUGAUGGGUGUCAUUGAAUAGAAUUGUAGCUAGAGGGUAAUAAAGUGUUGAGCAGUGUACUGUCUUUUGUCUGGAAUUCAAAAGAUCAUUGAAUCUUUGAAGGAUAUUCAUAUAUUCCAUAAUUCAUAUUCCAUAUUCCAUAUUCCAUAUAUUCAAUUCUUGCUUUUGGAGAAUA